GUCUGUGUUUUCCUGGAGUUUCAUUUUUCUGCAGCAGCUUGGCCCAUGGCCCAACAAAUUGCACUGUUUUAACACAAAUUUCCACAAGUUUUCAUAAGAUGGCAUUAAUGAUUACAUUAGGGGUUUGCUAAUUCUUCACAGGUCAUCAAAAUCGAUGAGUUUCAUUUAAAAAUAGGAGACUUCUUGGACUGCCAAAAAAGGAGAAUCUUAAAAUUCAAUAUAAAGAUAAGAGACGUCAUACUUUGAUUCUUCAAUGUCCUCCGUUUCAAACAUCCAAAGGAGAGACGUUAAAACUCCUCGGAGACUGUCUUUCUAUCUUAGAUUGAAACAAAAGGAUGAAAGACCAGACGUACCUUUAAGAGGUAGUCAGUAUUUUAUCUGAAAUUGAAUGAAAUAAAACUGUGCAGUGAUGAGUGGAAGCCGGGUGGAUUUGAAGGUGGUUUUACUCGGCAAGGAGUUCGGCGGUAAAACCAGCCUGGUGGAGCGCUACCUGCACGACAGAUUCCAUGGAGAUGUACCAUAUCAAAAUACUAUCGGUGCAGCUUUCGGAGCAAAGAAGAUUGAAGUGGAUUCCAGAACAGUUACAAUGGGUGUAUGGGACACAGCUGGUUCAGAGAGAUAUGAAGCAAUGAGUAGGAUAUACUACAGAGGAGCAAAAGCAGCCAUAGUUUGUUAUGAUCUCACAGAAGCUCCAAGUUUUGACAGAGCAAAAUUCUGGGUUGAAGAACUGAAAAAGAAUGAAGAGAACUGCAAGAUUUAUUUAUCAGGUAACAAGUUUGACCUUGUAGAUGACGACAAGAAGAGACGGCAAGUUGACUACCACAGCGUGACGGACUAUGCAGACGAGUUACAUGCUGAGGUGUUUGAAACAUCAAGUAAAACUGGAUACAAUAUAAAAGAGCUAUUCUUCAAAAUUGCCAAAGAUUAUGUUCGAGAUCCUAGGAAUAAUGAAGCCACUGCUGAUUUACCAGAAGGAACAUUUUCUCUGGACACCAAGCCUCAAAAAAAGUCAGAUGGAUGUCCCUGUUAAUCAAUUCUACUGCUGGUGUCAGAUACAAUUGUGUCCGCCACGCAAUACUGUCCGCUCCGGACACUUUUGCAUAUGCAAUCGUGUCCGGGGCUAUG